AUUGCUGAGAAUGAAAGAAAAUUUUUAUUCCAAAAUUCUGAAAAAAGAAAAAAAAAAAGAGAAGAAUAAUGAUACACUCCUAACCGUUUGGUAAACGGUGAAGGCAAUUACCUCAGCGAGUCUUGGCCUUGGGUGUUGGCUUGAAUUUUGUUCAUUUUCCUCCAAUUUCCCCCCAUCCAAACAUCUUCCUCACUCUCCAGUUUUAUCAUGGCUCAGAAGAUAUCCCUCCAAACCUUCAUCAACUCCCUGAAAACUAUCAAAAACCCAUAUCAACCAAUGGUAUUCAGAGCCCUACUCGCCGCCCAUCCUUCCGAUAUCUCUGCACUUUCCGAUCUCAACCCUACCAAUCUCCACGUUAUUCUCUCCGACCCAGACCUCAAACCCUCAACUUGCUUGCGUUUCUUUAAUCUUGUCCUCAAAAACCGAUCUUUCAUCUCAUUCGAGCCUCAUCUCCAAUCUUACUCGAACCUAAUUUGCAGGCUUCUUAAGGCGAGAUUGUUCUCGGAUGCAGAGACUUUAUUGAAAUCUGUAUCAAUUGAUGGAAACCCCAGGUACCCAUUUCCUGCUAUAGCCUCAGUUGUUGAGAAUUACUAUCCUGAGCCUAAAAUUAGAGCAAAGUUUUUCAAUUUGAUGCUUAAGGUCUAUUCUGAUAGUGGGAAAUUUGAUCAAGUGGCAAAGGUGUUUGAUUACAUGAAGAAGAAAGGAAUUAAGAUAGAUGAGAGGACUUGUACGGUGCAUUUACUUGCUCUUAAGAAAUCUGAUGAGGUGGGAUUGGCUCUGAAAUUUCUUUAUGGAAUGAUAGAAUCUGGUUUAGAAAUUUCUGUAUAUUCAUUGACAGUUGUUAUUGAUGGAUUGUGUAAGAAUGGAGAGAUAAAGAGGGGUAGAGAGUUGGUGGAGGAAAUGGUGGGUUGUGGGGUUAAAGCCAAUAUAAUCACAUAUAAUACACUGAUUAAUUCCUGUACAAAGAGAUGGGAUUUUAGAGAACUGGAGUUGAUUCUAGCUUUGAUGGAAAAGGAACAACAGGAAUUCAAUAUUGACACCUAUAAUAUUUUGAUUGAAGGGUUUACAAGCUAUGGCAAAGUUGAAGAAGCUGAAAGGCUAGUCGAGGAGAUGCAUGAUAAGGGUUUGAAAGUUACCACGCACAUAUACAAUUUGCUGAUGAAUGCAUAUUGUAAAGUAGGAUCGAUGGAUACAGUGGUGGUGUUGUUUGAUAGAAUGAUAAAAAGAAGUGUUAAGUCAAAUGCUGAUACAUAUUGGGCUUUGAUAAAUGGAUUUUGUAAAGUUGGAGAUCUAAAAAUGGCAUUGCAAUAUGUAAAUGAGAUGCAAAGAAAGGGAAUUGAGUUAGAUCAGGUUAUAUUGUGUAGAUUGAUUGAUGGGUUUUGCAAGGGAGGGAUGAUUGAUGAAGCUUUAGAGUUGCAUGUUGAGAUGCAGAACCAAGGGUUUGGCGUUGAUUUAUCUUCAUGUAACAGAAUAGGGGAAGGAUUGUGCGAGUCUAAUCGGACAAAGGAAGCAAAGCUGCUAUUGAGUACGAUGGUUAAAAUGGGAAUAAACCCUGCAAUGGCAAACUUCACAUCUUCAUUUGUCCAAUGAUGCAAGGAAAAGUUGCUUCUCAGAAUUAAGAAGGCAGUGAUAAAACUGCUUCAUUCUUAAUCGUGACAGAUGGGAGUACUGCAGUGGGAGCUCUAGACCCUGAGUAUGAUGAUGGAGAACUAUGUUGUCCGAAACUGCAAACACCUAAUCAUGUUUGUUGACCUGCCUUAAAAUAAAUGAUUCCGGAUAUCACAUUUCAGAGCUUAUCCAAAUCAUAGUGCAGAAGCCAAUUCACAUCUCCCAUAAAGAAAGCAAAUUUUGUUGGCCAUUUGUGAAGCAUGUCGUUUCUGCUUCCUGCCACUUCAUGUUUCAUCAUCAUCAUUAUUAUUAAUAAUAAUUUUUCAAAUCU